AUGGACAUCAGCGAUGAGCAUCACUCGAUGCAGUUCAAGCAAACUGGAAAACGCAGAAGCCGUCCAAACAGCCAAGAACAAGUUCUACAACGGACACUUCCUGAGCGUCGUGGAACCGGGUUAGAAGAAGCAAGUGCCCCGGAUAACUUUGAAUCGCACCAAGCGAAGCGACGGUCAAGCGCUCGAGCCAAUCUGGACGAAGAGCGAAAGGGCAGUGACGAAGAUAACGAGGAUGCUACACCUCAAGUCUUUUGGCGAGCGAGUGUCAACGCAGUCGAAGGUACUGACUUGUCUGAGCUGAAAACGUUUAAAGAUGCUGUUGAUGGACCGGAUCAAGUGCAUUGGUGUAAAGCUAUCUGUGCUGAGUUGGACUCGAUGAAACUUCGUGGCGUGUUUCGAGCGACCAAACUGCCAGCUGGACAGUAUACCAUUGGCAACAAGUGGGUAUUCAAUAUCAAGCGGAAAGCUGAUGGAUCCAUCGAGAAAUACAAGGCGCGUCUCGUGGCAAAAGGGUUCAAGCAGAAAUAUGUGUUGACGGUCAUCGGUUUCUACCAGUAUUGGUAA